CGCCGCGUGCUGGACUUUUUCAUAGUCCUGUAUAUUGUAAUAUUUUACACAUUGCCUGCUUAUCUUCUUGUUUUGUUAGUCACAUGUCUCCAACGACCACACAACCUAGACAAUUAAACAAUUUCGAGCAAUCAAAACAGAAAAAAGUGACUCAGAGCAUUGCAAACAAAGAAAAAUAAAAAUGUCAGAAUGUGACACUUUGCUUAUGGAAAGACUCCGAUCAGAGCUGAUGCUCAAGGCUCACCUCAAGGCUUUGAGAACGGCCCUUCAGCUGCAGCUGCAGGAAACAAAGAGCAGACAGACAGAGGAGCUUGAUAAAAGGAUUCAUCAGAACACUUUAUUGUCAUCAGACAAAAAUCAGAAAUAUGAUGAUGAAAGAUUUGUAGAGAGGAGAUCCACCCCUGCAUCUGCUCUUAAUUCAGACAAAAAGGCUUUCCAGUAUCUCAAACAAAAACCUGAUAUGUUUUCUCUAUCCCUGGUACCUUCAACAAACUCAAAGCACUGUUCUGUUAGUGCGCAGCAGUGUGAAAGGUGUCCUUCAUCUAAAACAACUCUACAAAAGAAAGAAGAGGAGGAAGCGGCUGAGUGCAAGAAGAAAUUUGCCGCUGUUCCUGUGCCAGGCAAUCUUAUUCAGCCCAUCUACCAGGAGAUGAUGGAGCUUAGAGAGAAGGAGAGGAAACAGGGCCAUGAGCAGAGAAAGGAGUUCCUGCUCUCCAUUCAGAAACCUUUCAGCUUUGAGGAAAGAGACAAAAACAGAAGAGAGAAGGUCAUGGCAGUGAUAAACAGAGUCUCUGAGGAUCCAAAAAACAGUGUUCGUGUUCAGAAAACAUUCCACAGAAACCUGAAGGGUUCAAGACAGCAGAAAGAUAAGCGGGAAGUUUGCAGAAAUGUCCAGACACGAAUAGCUUCGAAACAACAGAAUCCGGCUCAGGCUGGCUGCCUGAAACUUUGUAGCGUCGAUCAUACCAGGAAAAAAAAGCUGGGUUUCUUGGAUGAGAAGCCGAGCUUCAAGCCAAAAAUCAUACCCGAGGUCCCAGAUUUUAAAAGUCUGCACAAGGCUUUGCAAAAGCAAGCACUGGAGAAAAAGCAGAGUCAAGAUGUGACCAGAUGUCAACCCUUCUUCUUGAGGACAUCAGCUCUACCUGCAAGGAAACAUAAAGAAACCCCAGAAACCUCACAGGUUUCUAAAAUGAAUAAUCUCGGUAGGAGUAAGUCACUUGGAGCCCUAACGCUGAUAUCUACAGACACUCUUCCCACAUACAUCACAGAUGCUGUGCGGCAGCGUUGUGUUGCCAUCAGAAAAUCAUUGGAAAUCAGAGAAAGUAAAAACCAAGAGAGUGCAGAGUGGUUAAAAAGCUACCAAAUGAGAUCCCAAGCAAUGAAGAAAACUGUAGUGCUUCAUGCAAAGUUGCUGGACCCCCACAGUAGCCUGAAAGAUGUGUGCAAUGGAAAUGCACAGCGCCAUAGGGAAACUGAUCUACAAAGAAUGAAAGAUUACAGGAGAGAAUUAAGAGACAUGAAGGCCCGAGUUCAUGAGAGGCCUUAUUUGUUUGAACAGGUGAAACGGAAUAAUGCAAAGACCCAUGCAGAGCAGACAUUCAGGAAAAAGCUGGAGGAAGCUGGGAUAAAAGAGCAGUUUGUUGAAGAAACUGGUGAAUCAUUCACAUUUGAUGAUACCAAUACGAGCUCUGAAAAGGAAAUUCACAGCAGGGAGGAAAAUGCAGAAGACGGGAAGAAAAUUGAAGAUGUGGAAGACAAGAGCGUGAAGUCCAAAGGGGAAGAAAUGCCAUGAUCAAAAAGGUUGAGGAAGAGCUGAGUUUUUGUGGUCUCUCCACUAGAAAACAAAACUGUUUUUAAAAAAUGAUUCAUGUCACACUGAACACCAAGGUCUUGAUUGUUUAGGAUGUACACCUAUAAAUUAUGAAAAUACGAAUCAUGCAGACUUUACACUCUCAAAAUCUUUAGAACUGAAUGGAAAUAACAUUUUAUACAAUUGUGUUUGUGCAUGAGUAAGACAUGUUGCAAACUUGACUUUUGAAGAUGUAAAAUAUAUAUGUAUCGUUUUUGUGGUUCUUUUUAGAGUUUUAGUUUGAUCAUUGAACCUAAAUUAAAUGAUUGCAUUUUCACUAAUCACUCUAUGAUGUACAUCUAAAAGUUAUUGUCAUUCACACAUCAUAAAAACUGAGGUGAACCUCACAAAACACCUCUCUGGGAGAAUUUGCAGCAAAUAGAUUUAUUUGUGACACAUCAGGCUGUCAGGAUUGGGUAGAAAAAGAGCAUCUUCCAAAGUCUCAGGGAUAGAUUUACUAUCUAGGGUAAUUUAGCAUUUGGCUGCAAAUCGUAAAUAGUGCCUGUGGGAGAGUCUUCCAAAACUGAACUGCAAGCAAAAACAUCUACAGCCCAGCUCAGUACUGAUCAAAGCCAUCUAACAGCAAGAGUAAGAAUUAGCACAAAACCGCAGAAAAGCAGACCUAUUUAGAAUCAAAAACCACCAAAUCCACCAUAGUGACUCCAAUUUGGUUUGAAAAUAACACUUAAAAUGCAGUCAUGUCACAAUAAGGAUGUACCUAACAGUAUCCUGUCCAACCCAGGAUAUCUGUAACCAAGGAUGGAGCCAAGACCACACCUUCAGAGAGCAAGACCAAGACCAAGAUUUAGGCCAAGGCCGAAUGGUUAACUACG